AUGAACGUAUUAAUAUAAGCCAUUUCCAUAUUCUGUGUCAGUAACACAUUACAAAUUUAAAAUGAAAGAGUAGGGUAAAAUUAACAGUCCAAUUUCAAUCGCAAAAUCAUUCAUCAUUAACUCUCUGAAUCGAUCGUUUAAAAAUCGUUCUCAAUGUCCCGCCGAAUAGCGCGAUGGCGCGAUCUAACGUGGCGUACGUUAAUGAUGAUGCAAAGUUGUAUUAGUUGUAGCUGACACCACAGCUGUAGUGUUUCCACUAGUUGUCCUCCACCGACCUCUCGAUCCCAACCACUCACUUCACUCCAAAAGUUCAUGAAACAUAUUAUAACGGAUAACCUAGAUUACAGAGUUCUACAUUAUUUUGUUUGAAACAAUCGAGCGUCUGUGGAUUAUCAGUGAAUGAUCAUGGCCUCGACGAUUUGUAAAACAUCAAAAAUUUUACAUCGGCUACAGCGAUCAUGCCGCAGAGCAUAUUCUGAAGCGUCGUUCCCAAAAAUAACUACUCACUAUACUGUCGUACCAAGAGAAACCGAUCCACGAUGGAAAGAUGUCAACAUGGAAAGGUACGUCGACGAAACGGAUAUUUUGAUAGUCGGCGGUGGUCCAGCCGGGAUGUCUGCUGCAAUUCAAGCUCGAAAGUUGGCUGAAAAGCAUGGGAAAGAAUUGCGUGUAACUUUGGUUGAAAAAGCAUCAACCAUUGGAGGUCACAUUCUCAGUGGUGCUUGUAUAGACCCAAUCGCAUUGAACGAACUCUUUCCUGACUGGAAAGAACUCGGCGCUCCAUUGAAGACUCCCGUAACUGAAGACAAGUUUGGAUUUUUAACCGAAAAGUAUAGGGUACCAGUACCAGUUUUCAAAGGAAUGCCGAUGUACAAUCAUGGAAAUUACGUAGUCAGAUUGGGACAUGUUGUUGCGUGGCUAGGUGAGCAGGCUGAGGCAGCUGGGGUCGAAUUGUAUCCUGGUUAUGCUGCAGCUGAAAUACUCUACCACGAAGAUGGUUCUGUGAAGGGAGUUGCUACCAAUGAUGUUGGUAUUGCCAAAGAUGGAUCUCCAAAAGAUACGUUCGAAAGGGGUAUGGAGCUUCAUGCAAAGUGUACAAUAUUUGCCGAAGGGUGCCACGGUCAUCUUGCCAAACAAUUAUUCAAGCAGUUCAACCUCAGGGAAAAGUGUGAACCACAAACUUAUGGAAUUGGACUUAAAGAGGUUUGGGAAGUUGAACCUUCUAAACACCGACCUGGGGCAGUAGAACAUACUAUUGGCUGGCCAUUAGAUAAAAAUACUUACGGAGGUUCGUUCUUGUACCAUUUGAAUGAAGAUACUCCAUUGGUUGCUGUUGGUUUUGUAGUCGGAUUAGAUUACACUAAUCCAUACUUGAGUCCGUUUAGAGAAUUUCAGAAAUUCAAACAUCAUCCAGCAAUUAGACCUACCUUUGAAGGUGGAAACAGAAUAGCAUAUGGAGCACGGGCGUUAGUAGAAGGUGGUUUUCAGUCGAUUCCCAAACUCCAAUUUCCCGGCGGCUGUUUAGUUGGCUGUACAGCAGGCUUUUUAAAUCUUCCAAAAAUCAAGGGAACUCACAACGCAAUGAAGAGUGGUAUGCUGGCAGCUGAAAGUGUUGUAGAAGCGAUUAUAGAUGCUGAAACAAAUACUCCAACGUCACAGGGGCUAGAACCAAAGAAUUAUACAGAUAAAAUUAACAAUAGUUGGAUAUACAAAGAAUUAAAGGCUGCUCGAAACAUCAGACCUAGUUUUCAUACGCCGUUAGGGCUUUACGGUGGCGUAGUUUAUGCUGGGCUCUCAUUUUUGACUGGUGGAAGGGAACCUUGGACUUUGUCACAUGGAGAUCCAGAUCACAAAAGACUGAAGCCUGCAGCGCAGUGUACACCGAUUGAAUAUCCGAAACCUGACAAUAAAGUUUCCUUCGAUCUGUUGUCAUCAGUCGCGCUUACCGGUACAAAUCACGAGGCUGAUCAACCUGCACAUCUCACAUUAAAGGACGAUACGACACCAGUAAAGCACAAUUUAGCUGUUUACGAUGGUCCAGAAGGCAGAUUUUGUCCAGCUGGUGUAUACGAGUACGUUCCUCUGGAAGAUGGAUCUGGUCAGAGAUUGCAGAUCAAUGCCCAAAACUGUAUACACUGUAAGACUUGUGACAUAAAGGAUCCAACACAAAACAUCAACUGGGUGGUUCCUGAGGGCGGUGGCGGUCCUGCAUAUAAUGGGAUGUAAAGUUGAACCCGAAACUGACUACAAGAAAUUCUAUUAUCUCAUAUCUCGAUGAUAGAUCUAGUUUAAAGAAUCGAUAGAAAGCUCGAAAAUAUUCCGGGAGUGUAGAAAUUAUGAAAUAAAAAUGUAAUAAGCAAACAGAACAAAGGAAGUACAGUAUCUAUAAUUGACGUGCAAAAAGAGAUUUUGUGCAAAACGCAAAAACACAAGUUAAAUUGCGAUAGGCAUCAUGAUACGUGAUAAGUUUCAAGAAUGCUGUUGAAGUAGUUAAAAGAAUCGCAUCACACUAUGGAAUAUCUUUCUAAUAUAAAGUAUUUUGAAGGGAAUGUACUGUGUAUUCCCAAAAAUAUGAAAUUCAAACUGGACUGAUAUUGCAUAGAAAUUGAGGAGAUCUCAUGAGGAAGUCGUUAUACAUUAGAAACAAAUCACGUUCAGAAAUUUUAACACUUUCGGAAUGUGUGACAUAGAUACGUACAAUUGACAUCACUAGCACGUCAUUGUCACCAUAUUCUUUCGGAGAUUUUCCAGAUUAAAAUCAAAGAUUUAUUAUUUAAGUGUAAAUAUGGUGUAUUUUUCAUUUAAGUUGAAUCUGUUCAAAGUAACAUAUACAGACGUGUGCAGGACAGAUCCACUGAGUUAUUACAAAACUCAAAGACCAACGACGUCAAAAUAACUCAAGCAAUUGUCAAGUUACUGUAAAAACUAGAGAAUUUAAUAAGUAUAUGCUGAUAUAUAAAUUUUAGUUCAAGAAUGGCUUGAUUGCUAUCAAUUCUUGUUUCUCGGGUUACUGUACGCUGAAGUCUCUUUAUAUCACGAUUCUUGGCAGGUGAUUUUAUUUUUCUGAAAUACUAAAGCCGAAUGUGGGUAAGUUGCUGAUUCGAUCAGUGCAGACUUUCCAUUUCAAGUAACGAAAAUUUUCAUUCUGUUGAUCGUAUCCUGUAAUCAAUAAAUCUAUUUUCUUAACAUUACCCACCUUUAUUGUCGGUCUAACACAAAUUUAUGAUAGCACAACUUGAGGAAUACAUUUAAUAAUGACUAAUAGACGUGGGGAAUGGGACAAUUUUUGUGGCCUUGAAAAUGUCAUGUAGAAUAACAUCCAAGCGACCGUGCUAUGAUUUAUCUGAAUGUGCAUUUUGGAAACUCAAAAUGAUUAGAGACGAAUCUACGCGCUUCGCUUGAUAUUGGAAAACUCUGAAGUUCAGGUACCGCCUUACUCGUGUCUAAAAAAACUCUGCAAGCGAUUCAAUGCAAGAGUGCAGCCUUGACCCCGAUUGUUAUAAGUCUCAUCACCUGAUACGUUGUGAUUUGGAGUUGCUGAAAAAGUUGUACAUACAUACAGAUACACAAUUAUAUGUAUAUAUAUUUACAUAACAUACGGAUGAUUAUUAGUUUUUAUACAAAUGUAUGAAGGUAGCUUUGAAUAUAAACGUAAAUA